AUGCGCCGCUCGGAAGGGAUUAGAGUAGAACUUAUUAAAGACAUAUCGUUCGUUGCGGAUACGGAACUAUUAAAUCGGUAUGGAAUACCGAUUCCUCCUCGGUCACCACAGGGGUCUUUGAACGGCGUGCAGGACACAUACGCACUUGUUAAGCAUGUGUUGAGAAGAUAUGAAGGGAUGCUUGUAGACACUGUUGAACGAGCAACAAAUGUCAAGUUCGACAAACGGAAGACCAUGCUUAUAAAGCUCAUAGGAGCCGUAACUAUUAGAUGGCACACUAUAUACAGAUGGAAAACGUGUGAUCGAGCGAUACUAAGAUCGCUCACUGUCGGGAAUAAAGAUCCCAUGAUAUACGAACAACGCUGCGACAAUCUCCACGUCUAUCAGCUAUUAUGGCAAGAGCACUGUUCAGCCAUGAAGCAUCUGUUGGAAGAGUGGAGUGAAGCUCGGAGCAUUGGUGUCCAGUAUGCGUUGUCAGAUUCAUCACAUGAUAACACCGAGAUAACUGAUGUUAUGGAUCGCAUAAAUAGGCUGAUUCGGGGAACAGUGUCAGAAGUGCAAUCGGUGACAGUCGAAAGCGUGAGGGCAACAAUGACGCUUGAUCAUCUGCUAAACAAGAAUUACGUCGACGAAGCUGUUCAAGUAACUUUCGAUACGCGUGGCGUGGGCAAUCUGAAAAGGCAGAAGAUCAAUAACCUUCAGAUGACGAUAAAUCUGGGUAUCUCCAAUUUUGAAAAAAUACUCGGAACCGUAUCUCUGCAGCUCAACAGCUUAGUGCGAUUCUCACGGCUGAUGUCACACAAGCUUUUUAAAAAGGCCAAGCCCCUAGAAUAUGUCACACUGCUCAAGGUAAUAAGGAAAGCUAUUUGCAAUACAAUGUGUAGGACACACCCAACUACAACUCCACAUUAA